GCCUGCUUUCUCUGCUACUCCCGGAACAUGGUUCCCACACAGAGCCGGCCCUCUACGAGUGCUGAUGAAACAGAAGAAUGUGGUCUGUGUAAGAAGGCCCCAGCACUCUGAGACUUAUUAACUGAAUCCACGGCUCCAAAUGACUCAACACCUUUGUGAGCUGGCUUUUUCACACCUGAGAAUGGGGGUGAUACCAUCCAUCUUGCAAAAAUUAUUUGUCAGGAGUAAAUGCAAAGUAUCCUUGCGCUGUGCCAUAUAAACAUUAGAGGCCUUUAAUAGUAUUACUAAGACUCACAAGGACAGGAGAGAUGUGAGUACCAGAGCCCUGGGUUGCCGUCACCCACCUUGCCUACCAGAAAUCACUGGUGUUUUCCACCAAGGGACAAACAAGGACUGUCCUGGGGGAUGUGUAGCCUCGCAGACACUUGCUGAGGUUUUUAGACUUCCUUCCUUCAAGAGCAAAAAUGUGGGCAGCUGACUGUGGUCCAGUGGGUGGACAGGACCCCUUUUCAGAGAAGUUUACAAUCAUCUACCUGAUAAGUAAUUUCCAAGAAUCAAGAAGCAUUCCACAGACUAAUAAUUCUGAAACAAAAAAAAAUUUGCAUCUCACAAUGAAAUCAUUGACCUAGUUACAUAAGGUGUCUUCCUGCCUCCACCUUCGCUACCUUCAUAUGGUCCGCAGCGUGUUGAAGACAGACAUUUGUGGUGAGGCAGCGCGCGACCCACCCCCUCGAGGGUGAAGACCCAGCCACACUCCCUCGAGGAGCCGAGCCCCAAGCAGGGCAGCAAGGACGGACACCCUUCCAGCCACCUGCGGCUUGAAGUCAUCACUUUCAAUCCGCUGUGACUGGGGCCAGGGCCUCCACACCUGUGAGAGGAAGCAAAGGUCUAAGAAAUCUGAAAUUGAAGAAAAAACCCGCAGCAGCUGGUUUGUGGGUCGGCAACGCUGUUGGAGACAAUGAAUUCCACAGAGCUCUACUCCUCGACUGAUGAUUACUCUGACCCCACUUUCUAUUCUGUGCCUAUGGACGACUUGCAAUGCUCCUUGGAAGAGGUCAGAGAGUUCACCAGGGUAUUUAUGCCAAUUGCCUACUCCUUAAUAUGUGUCUUUGGCCUCCUUGGCAAUAUUAUGGUGGUGAUGACCUUUGCCUUCUACAAGAAGACCAGGUCCAUGACUGAUGUCUACCUGCUGAACAUGGCCAUUACAGACAUCCUUUUUGUCCUCACUCUGCCAUUCUGGGCAGUCACUCACGCCACUGGCGCUUGGGUUUUCAACAACUCACUGUGUAAACUCAUGAAAGGCAUCUACGCGGUCAACUUUAACUGCGGGAUGCUGCUCCUGGCCUGUAUCAGCAUGGACCGGUACAUUGCCAUCGUUCAGGCAACCAAAUCUUUCCGGGUACGAUCCAGAACAUUGGCACACAGUAAGAUCAUCUGUUUGGUGGUGUGGGUCACAUCGGUCUUCAUCUCAAGUCCCACAUUUAUCUUCAACGAGAAAUACGAGUUGCUGGGCAGACAGGUCUGCGAGCCCCAGUACAAGUUUGUCUUGGAGCCCAUCACCUGGAAACUGCUGGGGCUGGGGCUGGAGCUGCUCUUCGGCUUCUUCAUCCCUUUGCUGUUCAUGGUGUUCUGCUACCUGUUCAUUAUCAAGACCUUGGUGCAGGCCCAAAAUUCUAAAAGGCACAGAGCCAUCCGCGUCGUGAUCGCUGUGGUUCUCGUGUUCCUGGCUUGCCAGAUCCCUCACAACGUCGUCCUCCUUGUGACUUCAGUAAACAUGGGCAAGAUGAACCGGACCUGCCACGGUGAGAUACGCCUCGCCUACACCAGGAAUGUGGCCGAGGUCCUGGCCUUCCUCCACUGCUGCCUCAACCCUGUGCUGUACGCAUUUAUUGGACAGAAGUUCAGAAACUACUUCACGAAGAUCAUGAAGGACGUGUGGUGUGCUAAACGAAAGAACAAGGUGCCGGGUUUCCUCUGUGCCCGGAUGUACUCAGAAAGCUACGUGUCCCGGCAGACCAGUGAGACUGUGGACAAUGACAAUGCAUCAUCCUUUACCAUGUAACGUGAAGCCACAUACCCCCAGAAACCUUUGUGAAACUUGCUAUAUUACAUGUGAAAAAGAGAGAGAAAGAAAGCCAUGCCCAAAUAACUAUGGAAAUUAAACGAAGCCUUCCUGCAGGAUCAGAACCAGUUGGCAGGUGGGCACUAAUAGCCAAGCUCUCCCCCGGUGUGGUUGACAAGAAACAUUGUUGGCUCUUGUCUCCUGGGGUUGGUGUUCCACAAGCAAGCUGUGGGGAAUGCUGGAUUAGAGUGUCGUGCUUAUGAAUAUGAACAUAUUCACAAACUGCGUGACGGGGUCGCAGACCCAGUUAGGGCACAAAACAAGGACACAGCUUGAGAAAGCUACAGAAGCCCUCCUGUGACUCACAGGAUGCUAACAAGAUGUUUACCAUCCCUGAUGGCAAGUGGCAAAGAUCCUGUAUCUGCUUCCUUUUUAAUCAUCUCAGCAAGCGCUAGGCGGCCGGGGGUG